AUGGCCAAGAAACUCUCAAACUUCGUUGACGACACGCUAGAAGGUCUUGUAUUCAUAGAUGCCUUCUACCAGGGCUUUGGCAAGUGCCGGUUCUAUGCUAAUUCUGAUUCGUUCUACACCGGUCAUGUGAUUAGGGUACGAGAACGAGGGCAUACGUCUUCGAAUGCAAAGCAGAAGGCACAUCCCACUAACCUCAAGACGAAAGACAAUUAG